GUUACCCGGCCGCUCUGGACCCUCCUACGCGGCAGAGUCCCUCAGCCCGGGGGCCUCGGACCCCAGGGCUCAGGAGGUGCGCAAGGAGCGAGCAGCGGGGAGAGGGCCGAGCGCGGACCGAGCCGGAGCUGCCGCGGGCCCUUCCGAUCCCCGCGGCCAUCUCCCAGGUCUGGCCAGGCUGAUGGGACCGGCGAGGAGGCCUUGCACCUUGACGUCCAGAAACUGAAGGAGAAGAUGGACAUGCUGGACCAGGAGAUAUCCCAGUUACUAUCUGAAGGCUACCAUGUGGAUGAACUGGAGGCUCACAUCUCCCAGCUGCACGAGUACAACGACAUCAAGGACGUGGGGCAGAUGCUGCUGGGAAAGCUGGCCGUGAUCCGAGGUGUCACCACCAAAGAGCUGUACCCGGAAUUCGAUCUGGACGUGAAUGACUGAGCCGUGUCUCGGGGCCCACGGGGACAGGCAGAUGUGGACUCGAGCAGCCGUGAGGGCCGCGCAGCACCCUGCAGGGUUUGCCCUGAGAAAAUGCUGGCGGCCUUUUCCGAAAAUUCCUGGGCUCAGGAGGGCGCCCAGAGACGGGCAGAGAAGAGGAGGGACGCCAAGUGCAAGGUUCCUGACGUGUCCCACCCCUGCGGUGCGCGGCCCUGUGUGUCCCUUCUGUUAAUAAACAUCGGCACCGUCUCAGUGCGGAGCUG